AUGUUUAACAAGAAAAAAAUUUUUAAUGUAUUUAUUUUUGGUUCUGCCGAAUUGAGAUUGGCUUUGCAAGGUAGUGAUGUCGAUAUAUUUGUCGAUAUUCAAGACAAUUUUCUAUAUUCUUUAAAAAAAGCCAUACAUUAUAAUAGAUUAUUUAUUAGAUCAUUUGUUAUCGAAGCUAGAAUUCCAUUACUUAGAUGUGUUCAUCAAAGCGGAAUCUCAUGCGACAUUGUUUGUUCAGACUCUUUUGGAGUUGCAAAUACUAAAUUAAUUAAUGGAUUAAGCGUACAAAGCGGAAUCAAAGGCCACUGUUUAAUUUUAUUAUUCUUAUUUUUUCUACAACAGUUUCAAGAACCAUUAAUGCCUUCAAUUAUGCAUUUGCAAAAUUUAAAAAAUUCAAACGAAAUGAUAUCCGGUUGGAAUGUUUCAUUUUCUUCCGAUUUAAGCGAAUUAAAUUAUAAAAGUGAUAUGAGUGUUCCGGAACUAUUAAUAAAUUUUUUUAAAUUUUAUUCAAUUUUUGAUUUUGAAUUCAAUGUUAUCAGUGUGUUUAGUGGUAAAGCAUACCUGAAAUCCAUAUUUGGAAAUGUUAAUACUGUACCUGACGAAUUUUCAUGUUAUAAAAAAAACGUGAUUGAAAAUAAGUGUAAAGAAAUAGAGUUGAAAAAUUUCAUGUGUGUUCAAGAUGUUUUCGUACACAACAAUAAUGUGAGUAGAAAUGUAACAAUACAAAUUUUAAUUAAUUUUCAAAAAUUUUGUUUGAAUAAUUUUAAUUUAUGUGAAUCUAUUAAAAAAACCAAUUCGUUUAAUUCAAAAUUUUACGAAGAACUUUUUAAAUAUAAUUUAAAUAAUUCUCAUAUGACAAAUGAUUGCCUAAUUGAAAAAAAUAUUUAUUUAAGAAAUACCAUUGAUUGGAAACAAUGUGAAAUGUAUACAAUGAAAGAUUUAAUAAAUUAUUGGUGUAAAUCAUUAAUUGAUAAAUUAAAAUACAUUGUUGGUAAAAUAUUAAAAUGUAAUAUUAUUUACGUGAUUAAUGAUGAAUUUCCGGACGAUGUUAAACAAUUUAUUACUUCGGAUAAGGCAUUUAUCGUUGCUUGUGAAUUUUUUUAUUACGGUUUGGUUUCGCAAUUAAGAUCAAAAGCUCGAAACGAAUUUGAAUUUCCAAAAGAAAUUAAUUUACUCAAUGCCGAAGAAAUGAUUUCCGAUUAUUUAUGCGAUACAAUAUUGAAAACAUCAAAUGAUAAUAAUAAUCCUAUUAAAAUUUUUAUAAUUUGUAAUUUACAAAAGGAUCCAACUUGCAUUCGAUUAAUAUUUAAUUCGACCAAUAAAACUUCAUCGCAAAAUCAUCAUUUCCAUAAAAUUUUUACGGAUUUUAAAAAAUAUGUUAUUAAAUGGAUUGAAACAAGUUGA